CAGAACUCGUACCAGCCGCUCCAAGGCUCAUUCCAUGCCAGUUAUACGUCUGAACCCUUCAAACGUGAUUCUUUGAGCUAUAUUCCUUCUUCCCAUAAUACUCCCAAUAUGGUCAGCUCAUCGUAUUCAUCCAACAACUCCUACAACAAGUACAGUUUCCGGCCCUCACACUCGAUUCCUACCACCAACUUGAACGUCGAUAAUAACGUGAUCCCCAACUUCCAGCAUACCUCGGGCCUGACCAACCAAAACCUUCAACAGCACCAGCACCAGCAACAGAGACCACUGCCAUUGCACCAGCAUUCGUUCACCACCAGCGAUAAUCUGUUGACCAACAUCGUCCCUACACCGCCACAGGCCAUCAACUACGUGACGGAGCCUGAUCACUACAUGACGUACGGAGAGUUUUUCAGUAACUUGUCACUAGCAGAUGGUAAUGACGAGGAACACAUCAACAUUGUCGAUUACCCUGUGAACGACUUGAUCUUGAUGCUUUCAUGCUUGUUGACCAAGAUAAUCGAGGCUAACGAUAAGCUCCAUCCCAACCACUUUGACAGUACCAUCGCCAUUCGCCAGAAGUUGAAGGAGGAAAAGCGCCAGAAGAAGCUCCAGAGGAAGCAGCACCAUCAGCAUCAAGAAGAUCUUCAACAGAAGCAACAGGAUCCCAACAGGAUCAAUGUCAAUGAGUCGAUAAUAGAGGAUGAUAGUCUGGACGGGGAUGAAGAAGAUGAGAUGAAAAAUAGAUACUUGGCCAAUGUGCUUGCAUUCCAUGGAACCAACGUCCCUGGAAUCUCGCUCCAUGCGUAUCUUUCGAGGGUGUUGAAGUAUUGUCCGGUAACAAAUGAGGUGUUUCUUUCACUUUUGGUGUAUUUUGACCGGAUAGCCAAGAAGGCCAACAACUUGAAGAAAGAAGGUGACCCCGACGGCGAGCAAUUGUUUGUGAUGGAUUCGUACAAUAUCCACCGGUUGAUUAUUUCAGGUAUAACCGUUUCGUCUAAGUUCUUUUCUGACAUCUUCUACAAGAAUCUCCGGUACGCCAAGGUCGGGGGCCUACCAUUAGAGGAAUUAAAUUACUUGGAGUUACAAUUCUUAUUGCUUCUUGACUUCAAGCUCAUGAUCUCGGUGGAAGAUUUGCAGAACUAUGGAGAUCUACUUUUGAGGUUCUGGAAACGGGAACAAAUCACCAACGAGUUGGUCCAUAACACUAGCAUUGAUACUAUUCCUCCAAGUACCGAUUCGGGAUCACAGCUCCCAAGCCAACAAUCCAACUCCAGUGAAGUGCAGCCGCAACCUCAGCAGACGCACAGUUAAAAGUCGAUAGACACAAAAGCCCAUGGGGUGUUCAAUUCAUUUAGUAACAUUAGCAUCAGCAUACCGGUCUUUCUUUAUAUUCAGUGUAUGAUCAGAAUAGACGAUAAG